AAACGGGAAUGGCUGAUUGACCAAUAGCAUGACAGCAGGGGUGGGCUGUGUUAUGGAGGAUUUUUUUUGUGCCUGUGGUUUAUUGUGAGGAGAAAAUACGCAGUCUUUGGUACAAAAUUCUCUUUGUGUCAGUUACAAAAACAUACAAGGCUAUUUAUAUAAGGGCCUGUGUGAGUGCUCCAUUCACACACUCAGCCUAAAGCGCUGAACGCAGUUUGCUUUGUUAAAGGUUACAAUGCGUGCACGUUGAGCGCAAAUGCGUGCGCGCGUUUACAAAUAAUGGUAUCAUCUGCCUGUGAUUUAAAACUUGUAUUAUAAGACAUUGCAUUUACGUCUAGACAAAAGCAAAUAAAAUACAUAUUUAACAACAAAAAACCAGUUGACCUCAUUGGUUGUUUGCGUUUCGGGCUCUUUAUAGAGAAUUUUUGAGUCAUUAUUAUUUUAAACAGAGAUGUCUUCGUGUCCACCAGCUGAUAACGAGCUCUGCUGGUUGCGCCCUUUUUAAAACCGUGUUGCGGGCUGAUUAUGCGUCAGAUGCAACAGAACUGCGCAGAAACAAACAUCCAAUGGCUCCUCAAUACGCUCCAAGUCUGCGCUCCCGUUUGGCACCGUUACUGCUUUGUCUUCAGACUUUAUUUAUCAUCAUAUCUGCGCUUUAUUUUAAAAACAGAGUAACAGUGAACAAGGAUGACCUAAGAAACUUUUACUCAGAAUUCCAGGAUGUGAACGUGAUGGUGAUUUUGGGGUUUGGCUUCUUGAGCACCUUCCUAGUGCGUCAUGGUUUCAGCAGCACUGGGUUCAACCUCCUUGUUGCAGCCAUUGCUUCCCAAUGGGCGUUAAUCCUCACAGGUGUGGAGUCAUGGUUCAGCGCAGGAAGGAUAACGGUGGAUUUAAAAAGCAUUGUGGUUGCUGAGUUGUGCACAGCUUCUGCACUGAUUGCAGUUGGAUCUGUGUUGGGGAAGGCCAACCCAGUCCAGCUCACUGUGAUUGUCCUGCUGGAAGUGUCAGGGUUUGUUUUAAACGAAUGGCUCCUCCGGACUCUGCUGAAAGUUCGACCCCUGAGCAGCAUCAUGCUGCUCCACAUCUUCGGGGCCCUCUUUGGACUCACGCUGACAUGGAUCAUGUAUCGGAAAGGCUCAGAAGACGGAUUUGAAAAGGAGAAAUUUGACAGAAAAUCUGGGUUGUUUUCCUCACUGGGUACGGUGUUCCUCUGGAUGUUUUGGCCCAGUUUCAACUCUGUGCUUGUUCCUGAUUGGACUCCUUGGAGAAAGUUGGGAGCGGUGAGCAGCACCUAUCUGGCUCUAGCUGUUAGUGCUGUGACAGCAGCUGCAGUGUCUGUGCUGUGCAGCCCAAAAGGGAAACUCAACCUGAUCCAAAUGCAGUCGUGCAUCCUUGCUGGUGGUGUUGCAGUUGGCGUUUCCAUGUCUGCUGUACAUGAACCUUGGGAAGCCAUGGCAAUCGGAUUCACCGCAGCCAUUGUAUCGACCAUCGGAUUCAAAUAUCUAAAGAAGCACAUGCUGUUAGCGUACGAGUGCCACGACACCUGUGCCAUGUUAAGCACACACGGGCUUCCUGGUCUACUGGGCUGGCUCGCACAACUUGUCCUGCAGAUUAAAGACUGUGAUGAUCACACGGUGGCCAACCGAUUUGCUGUGUUCCACAUCUGUACUCUGUUUAUUACCAUCUCUCUGAGUGUGUCUAUGGGGUUUCUUACAGGGUUUCUGAUUAAAUGGAACUUCUGUCGACCAAUCCAAAACAAAAAAUGCUUUGACGAUCAAGCUUUCUGGGAGUUUCCACACCUUGCAGCACACAAGUAAACAGAAGCAGAGAGAAGUCUGUCCUGGAGUCCAGAGAAUUUCAGAUUUACCUGCAAUGGUAAAUCUGCAAAACAAGCUAGCUUUAAACAGCCGCAGAUCUCUCACCCCUCCUGCCGGCUAUCCUCCCUAUAGGGAGCUUUAGUCACUUCCGCAUCACGGGUCCCCAGAAGAACGAAAAAAUGAAAGCAAGUCAACGGGGCUAAAAACGUUAUUUUCUAAUCCGCUUUGUCUUACGCCCUGGAUCGCACACACGUUGUACUCAAACUUUAAAUAAAAAGUAAUGACGGGUGUUGACCACACCAGUCACAUACUUUGAGAUUUAUCAGCUUGUAAAAGUUCAUAAUUAGCACUACAAACUAGAAAUCGGCACGUCGCAUAUAUGAUGUCACUACAUAAUCUCCUCUCCCCUAGCGUAGCUGCUACUUACCACAUGACCAGAUUUAUGGUGGUUCUUUCAUCCUGUGGGAAGUUUGCUGAACUUACAGCCAUUUUCCCUCAGUUUUCUCCGUGUCUGAUUCGAUGACGCAUUUGUGGUCCAGCGAUCCCCCUGUUCGAGAAUAAGCGCGUUCUUUGUAUCAAAAUGCGACUUAAAAAUUCACGGACAUCAUAUGAGAAAUCCAUGGCACAAAACAAGCGGAUUAGAAAAAAGUGUUUUUAGCCCCGUUGACUUGCGUUCAGUUUUUCGUUCUUCCGGGGACCCGUGGUGCGUGACUUAGGCUACCUAUAGGCCUGAUAUGGGAACCCACAUUAACACAGGAAACAACGAAGUGCUAAACACCAGUUGUCGUUUUCCAGAUCAUAACCUCUUUUGUUGUCCGUGACUUCAAAUGUAUCUAUUUUUUGGGACUCUGGUAGUUUGUCCCAAAGUUGAAGUGGUAGUAGCCGGCUGUUUCUCCUGAUACUGAACGGAGAACCUCUCACACCAGUGGUGUUCUGUUGCCAAAUACGUGAGCGCAUAAUGAACGGAGGACCCAGGGAAGUGCGGUGAAUUGGCAAGACCGACAACCGGAUGCGAUGCACAAAUGCAAGAGAAUCAGUUCGUUAUUUUUUAAUCUCCCACAUACAUUUAUAGCUAUACGGUGUUAAAAUGUUGUUUUAAGCUAGCUUGUUUAGCAGAUUUGCCAUUGUAGUUUAUCUUCAUCAAUGCAUUUAACUUCACAGUUCUUGCUUUUACGACGUGUAGUCAUCAGAUGUGUUUGUGCCAAACAAAUAAUCUGUGCAGUUUUGUGGAAAGACGAAUGACACCCAUUAACUGAUCAUUUGCAUAUUUCUGUUUAAUGAUGCAAAUGUCAGAAACGGACAGAUGUGACACUAGAAUGAACAGAUGCUCCUGCAAACCUGUUGAAGCAAAUUAAAACCCUAUUUUUGAGAA